AGUAUUUAGCAACAAAUUUCCAAGGAAGAAGAAGAAAGAGGAAGAGGAACUGAGAAAGAAAGAAAACUGAAUAGAAAAUUCAAAAUUCCCAUAUUUUUCACUGCAAUUUCCUCUUCCUCUUCUUCCACGCAACCAAAACAAUAGUACAAAACAAACACACACACACCCUUCUUUUCCUUCUUUGUCUUCUCCGUUCAUUCAAUCCUUGUCUCUUCCUUCUUAAAUUCUUCAACUUUCACUCCUUUUCCUUCGAAUUCUCUUUCUGGGUAUCCGAAAUUUCCCUCCUUUCAUGUUUUCUCCUCACUGGAAGAACCUACUCAUAAUCAUUUAGGUCUCUGGGGCAUGGACUGGCUGUUUAUGCCAACUGUCAGUGUCUGUGAACAAUGUUUAUCAGGCCAAGAGAUGCUAGUGCUUUUAGUAUAUUCAAAUGGAAACGUCAAGGUGAAUCUUCGUUGACAGCUGGUUUACUUCAGGAUGUUCCUGGAGAGAUUGAAUUGCUUGAUUGUAGAAGGAUCCCGAGUCCAGGUAGUGAGAGCCCUUCAGGGCUUCUGAAUGGUGAGAGCCUAAAUGUGCACCCAAUUGCUGAUUUGGAUCUCUUCUUUGAAAGGCUUUAUAGCUACUACUGUGAGAAAGGGCUCUGGUGCAUCAUCAUAAAAUGGAUUGUUGAACUUCUGAGUCUAGGGUUCACAAUAUGCUUUUCAGGAUUUUUUUUACUUUAUGUUGAUUGGAAUGGACUUCGUAAUGCGAAGUGUGGAAUGGAAGCAGUUGAAUCUGGAAGGAAGCCAUGUGAUCUUGCUAAAGAAGCUCUCCAUGAACACCCUUUAACCCCAUUAACAGUUAGCAAAGCUAUUAUUAUUGGAUACUUGGGAAUAUUGUCUGUUUAUUGGAUAUUUUGCUUCUUGAGAUUCUUUGCUCAACUAAAGGAUACGCUAGAAAUCCGACAAUUUUACUACAAUAAUAUCCAUGUUACCGACAAUGAAAUUCAAACCAUGCCCUGGGCUACAAUUCUUGAAAAGGUUGUUCGUGUGCAAAGCUCACAACAACUCUGUGUGGUAAAGGAUCUUACUAUUCAUGACAUGGUGAUGAGGUUGAUGCGGAAGGAGAACUACUUGAUUGGAAUGCUCAACAAGGGCGUGCUUGCUUUUCCCAUUUCUCAGUGGGUCCCAGGUGCUGGUCCUACAGUGAAAUCUGGUACUGAUGGAACUCAAUAUCGUCUAAUACUUACAAAGACUCUUGUGUGGACCUUAAAUUGGUGCAUCCUGCAAAGCAUGUUUGAUCGAAACUUUUGUAUCAGAAGGGAUUUUGUGUCAAAUCCAAGGACAUUGAAGAAAAGGCUUAUGGUAGUUGGGCUUGCAAUGCUUUUACUUUCUCCAUUUCUGGUCAUAUUCAUGCUGGUAUAUCUAUUUCUGAGGCAUGCUGAACAAUUUUACAAUCACCCAAGCACAGCAUCAUCUCGAAGAUGGUCGAAUUUGUCACGAUGGAUCUUUAGAGAAUUCAAUGAGGUGGACCAUCUCUUCAGGCAUCGGAUCAACAGCAGUGUAUUACAUGCUUCUGAUUAUCUCAAGCAAUUCCCUUCACCUAUCAUAUCUAUCAUUGCAAAAUUCAUCUCAUUUGUAUCAGGUGGCUUUGCUGCAGUACUGAUCAUCAUUGCUUUUCUAGAAGAGUCUCUGCUAGAGGGUCAUAUAUUUGGUCGAAACUUGUUGUGGUAUGCUGCUGUUUUUGGAACUAUAACUGCUAUUAGUCGUGCUGCAAUUGUAAACGAACUUCUAGUCAUAGACCCCAAAGGGGCAAUGUCUAUGGUAGUUCAGCAUACACAUUAUAUGCCAAAGAGAUGGCGUGGCAAAGAAAGUACUGAAAUGGUCCGAAUGGAGUUUGCAACCUUAUUCCAGUAUACUGGGAUGAUGUUACUUGAGGAGAUGGCCUCAAUUUUCCUUACUCCAUAUUUACUUCUGCUGGUUGUCCCAAAGCGGGUUGAUGAUAUCUUGCAGUUCAUUGCUGAUUUUACUGUGGACGUUGAAGGUGUUGGUCAUGUAUGCAGUUUUAGUGUCUUUGAUUUUCAAAAGCAUGGAAACAGUAGUUAUGGUUCCACAUACAAUGUACAUCGCGACAAGAGGAGUUCACAGGGAAAGUUGGAGAAAUCACUUUUAAGCUUUCAGAGUAGUUACCCUUCUUGGGAGCCAAAUGCUCAGGGGAAGCAGUUUUUGCUAAAUCUGAGAACAUUCAGAGACCAGAAGUUAUCUGGACAGGUAAACAGUCAUGGACAUUCCCCCUUCAGAAUGUGGAGAGGCAGUCCCAACAUGGGAAGCAAUGGAGAUAGAAGCAGGUUUGCAUUACCUGGCAAUCACUUGGGUUCAUUGUGGUUCAUUGAAGGCAACAAUCAAAACAAUCACCCAUAUCUUCUUGAUUGGUACUAUACGGAUGUAACUUCAAGAGAUGCGCCAACAGAUCAUCAAAUCAACGAAUCUGAACAUCACUCCAGAGAUUGGAUGCCCUCCAACUUGGCACAUGAUGAACCAGUGUAUGACGAAUACAUGAAUGAAUAUUGUGACGAUCGGGCCGCUUCCCAUGUUGGGGCUUCCACUUCAGCUCCCAUCUUCAAGGAAAGCCUAAUUCAGGAUCGAAAUUCCGAUGAUCUGCGCCACCCUACCAGGAGUCAUUGGUGGGCUAGAAGUCAUUCACAGGGUGGACGCGGUCAGACAAGCUUUUUUGAGCCUCCAAAUUUCAAUGAUCAAAGAGCAGACAAUCACUAUGAUAAAUUUUCUGAUAUAGGGUCAGAGGAUCAAGAACAGGAACAACACUUGUACUGGAGAGAUCAUCACAAGUUAUCUAGUACAGUGCACACAGAUGAUUUAGAGGCCGGUGAAUUCAAUCUUCAUUUCGAUGAUAUUUAUAAUAGACAUCCAGAAAAUCUCACUGAAAAUUCAAACACUGCAAGCUUUUGAGUGAUGGCAUUGUCCUUCAUUUUUUGUUUGGGUGAUUCUUGCUUCUAAGUAUCUGGAUUACAAGAGUUUCCUAGUCAUGAUUGUCCCUUCUGUAUUACUUGUGUGGAAAGGGGAAACUCCAUUCUUUUCUGUACAUAUGUUCAUUGGCAUUAGGUUAGAUUGUUAGUGGCCUCAGUUAUGAUGUUGAAAGACCUAGGAUUGGGCUAAAGGGGUUUUGGGCCCUUCCAGGUUUAAGUACCACGAAUUCAUUCUGUUCAGGGAUCCAUAAUGUCUCCAUUGUGUAGAUUGGAAGUGAUGAAAUCAUUUCUUUUGCAAGGUAACUUUUGCCAACCUA